GGUAACCAGGAGCCAGCAGCAACUCCUGAUGCAAUGGUGCAGCCAUUCACCACAAUCCCAUUUCCACCACCCCCACAGAACGGGAUUCCCACAGAGUAUGGGGUGCCACACACUCAGGACUAUGCAGGCCAGACCAGCGAGCACAAUCUGACGCUCUACGGAAGCACGCAGCCGCAUGGAGAGCAGAGCACGAACACGGCCAGCACGCAGAACGGAUCUCUUGCACAGACAGAAGGAGGGGCACAGACAGAUGGACAGCAAUCACAGACACAGAGCAGUGAGAAUACCGAGAGCAAAUCCACUCCAAAACGACUUCAUGUGUCUAACAUUCCCUUCCGCUUUCGAGAUCCUGACCUUCGGCAGAUGUUUGGGCAAUUCGGCAAAAUCCUUGAUGUAGAGAUAAUCUUUAAUGAGCGUGGCUCCAAGGGAUUCGGGUUCGUAACUUUCGAGAAUAGUGCUGAUGCAGACAGGGCCAGGGAGAAAUUACACGGCACCGUGGUAGAGGGCCGUAAAAUCGAGGUUAACAACGCCACAGCACGAGUGAUGACCAAUAAGAAGAUGGUCACACCUUAUGCAAAUGGUUGGAAGUUGAGUCCUGUGGUUGGAGCGGUGUACGGCCCUGAGUUAUAUGCAGCGUCCAGCUUUCAAGCAGAUGUCUCGCUGGGCAAUGACGCCGCAGUGCCCCUGUCAGGAAGGGGGGGUAUUAACACUUACAUUCCUUUAAUCAUUCCAGGCUUCCCCUAUCCAACAGCAGCCACCACAGCAGCCGCGUUUCGGGGAGCCCAUCUGAGGGGCCGAGGAAGGACAGUGUAUGGGGCAGUCCGGGCAGUACCUCCCACAGCCAUCCCUGCCUACCCAGGUGUGGUUUACCAGGACGGAUUUUACGGUGCUGACCUCUAUGGUGGAUAUGCAGCCUACAGAUAUGCACAGCCUGCUACUGCCGCAGCCGCUGCAGCAGCUUACAGCGAUGGUUAUGGCAGGGUGUACACAGCAGAUCCUUACCAUGCCCUUGCCCCUGCCGCUAGCUACGGAGUUGGCGCUGUGGCGAGUUUAUACCGAGGUGGCUACAGCCGAUUUGCCCCCUACUGAAGUGACGUGAGCCCCCUGCAAGUGGGACAGCCCCCCCAGUUCAUGAGGCCUGGCUAUUGCAAUAUUUACUAGUAGAGGAACUCUAUAGCAAGACGAGGAGGAAAAACAAAAAACAAAAGAGAAAAUACUUUUUUAUACCUCACUAUGUUCUUUGAAUAUGUAUUUUUUUUUCCUUUAAAUUUCUGCCUUUAAUUCUUUUGUUCC